AUGAGGUGCCAGGCUGCCCUUCCCACCCUGCUGCUCCUCACCCUGCAGCUCUCAGCUUGGGCAUCUGCAGCACCGGGCUAUGUGGUCACCUGCCCAGCUGUCUUCUACCACCCCCACACCACGACCCUGUGGGUCCAUCUCAGAGGCCUCCACGAGCCUGCCCAGGUGACCAUCCAGCUGCUGAGAGCAGGCGAGACCCAGAGCAUCACCCUGCUGGAGAGGGAAGUCCAGGAGCCUCGUUUGCACCUGAACAUCACCUUCCCUGCUCCAGCCCCUGCCCACGGGCAGGAGGAGCUGGCAGAGCUGCAGGUGGCAAUCCAGGCAGAGUCCCUCCAAGUGUCCGAGAAGAAGAAGGUACUGCUGAAAGCUCUGCAGCCUGGCAUCUUCAUACAGACAGACAAGGCUGUCUACAAGCCUGGGCAGCAAGUGAAGUUCCGAGUGGUCUCCUUGGAUCACGACUUGGUUGCCAGCAAUGAGAAGCUCCCCUUUGUGCUCCUCAAGGACCCCAGUGGGAACCGCAUCGCACAGUGGCAGGAGGUGACCCCGCAGCAGGGCAUCGUGGAGCUGUCCCUGCCCCUGGCUGCAGAGCCAGCCCUGGGCACCUACACCAUUGAGGUGGAAGGGAAGACUCAUCCCUUCAGCGUGGAGGAAUAUGUGCUGCCCAGGUUCGAGAUGAGCAUUGACCUCCCCCAAGUGGUGCUGGAGGAGGAUGAGGAGUUCCAGCUGAAGAUCUGUGGACGGUACACCUAUGGGAAGCCUGUCCAGGGGAGGGUCCAGGCCACCUUGUGCGAGGUGCCCAGGCACAGCAGGUUGGUGCCCAGGCCCAGCAGGUUGGUGCCCAGGCACAGCAGGUUCAUUCCCAGACGCUCCAGGGUCAUGCCCACAGCUGGUGAUGCUCUCCCAAUAUACAACUGCCUGGAGGUCAGCGGGCAGACUAAGAAGAAUGGCUGCUUCUCCAAGAAGAUCUCCUUGGCUGCCUUCAACAACUCUGGGUCCAUGCAUAGGAAGCCAAUUAAGGCCCAGGUGUCGCUGGUGGAGGAUGGGACAGGGCUGGAGAUAAAAGACACCAGAACCUUGCAGGUCGUACCUGAAACCUUCACCGUCACCUUCGAACGCGCCGACGGCUUCUACAGGCCUGGCAUCCCCUACACUGGCAGGAUGCUGCUGAAGAGAGCCAACGGCACCGCGCUGCCGCAGAAGCAGCUCUUGCUCAUCGUCAGACAGCAAGGAGGAGAUGUGAGACAGACCCUCCUGACAGACUCCUCAGGGAGGGCCUCCUUCGAGCUGGACACCUCUGGUUGGACUGGCACAGUCUCCUUGGAAGGUGAAGUCAAGCAGCCACCUGACAGCAAGGAGGAAGACUUUCCACUGCUCUACCACAGUGCCUACAGGAGGGUCAGCUCCUUCUUCUCCACAAGCAAGAGCUUCCUGCAGCUGCGUGACGUGGAGAGCCAACCAGCCUGUGGGCAGCCCCAGCAGCUCUGGGUGGACAUCAUCUUCAGCAAGGAGGCCUUGGGCACUGAGGUGGACAGCCUGGAUGUGGUCCUCCUGAUCCUGGCCAAGGGCACCAUUGCCACUGUCCUCAGGAAGGAGCUGCCUGCAGAGCCUGGGCUGAGAAGCUUCUCCCUGGAGCUGCCCAUCAGCCACAGGCUGGCACCCGAGGCCAAGGUGGUGGGCUACGCCCUGCUGCCCAACGGCGAGCUGGUGUCUGACAGCACCGAGCUGCCGCUGGCCCAGUGCUUGCCCAGCAAGGUGAAGGUUGCAUUUUCAGAGGGCAGGGCUCUGCCUGGCUCAGAGCUGCAGCUGCAGCUGGAGGCUGCCCCAGGCUCCCUCUGUGCCCUGCGUGCCCUGGACCGCAGUGUGCUGCUCUUGAAGCCCGAGGCUGAGCUCAGUGCAGAGCUGAUCUACAAAGCACUCCCUGAGUUCCACUACCCUGUGGAGGCACAGGAGCCUCCACGCUGCUCCUGGGACUAUGAUGAUUCCAGCAUGGAGACCCACAAAAUAUUCCAGGGUGCAGUGCUGAAGCUUUUCACCAACGCCAGGACUGGUGAUGACUGCAAGGAGAGGAUCCCUGGCUGGCCUGGGCUCCUAGGUCCCAGAGGUCACAUCCUGAGCUCACCUCUGGCAGGUUCUGCUCCAGAAGCAAGCAGGAACUGGGACUUAGACCAUGACCAUGCUGUCCCCCAAAAGCCCCCAGCACCCCGGAGCUACUUCCCAGAGACCUGGCUGUGGGACCUGGUCCCUGUGGGGGAGAGCGGCUCCGCGGAGCUGGCAGUGACAGUGCCCGACACCAUCACCACCUGGGAAGCUGGCAUGUUCUGCACGUCUGCACUGGGCUUGGGGCUGGCUCCUGCCACCACCCUGAGAGCCUUCAAGCCCUUCUUCGUGGAGCUGGCACUGCCCUACUCCGUGGUGCGCCAGGAAGCCUUCACCCUGGUGGCCACAGUCUUCAACUACCUGAAGCAGUGCCUGCGGGUCCAGGUGAGGCUGGGGGAGUCGCCGGAGCUGGAGGUGUCGGCGAAGGCAGAGGGGGAGUACAGCAGCUGCGUCUGUGCACACGAGGCCAGGACCUUCCACUGGGACAUGAGAGCCACCAGCCUGGGGGAGGUGAACAUCACCAUCAGCACCGAGGCCCUCAGCUCCGCUGAGCUCUGCGGCAAUGAGCUGCCCGUGGUGCCAGCCCAGGGUGCUGUGGACACCCUGAUAAAGACUUUGCUGGUGAAGCCUGGAGGGAUCCUGGUGGAGAAGGCACACAACUCCCUGCUCUGCCAGGAAGCCACUGAAGAAGUCUCCCUGGAGGUUCCUGCAGAUACCUUGGAAGGCUCCGAGCGAGCUCAGGUCACUGUGAUGGGUGACAUCAUGGGCAACGCCCUGCAGAACCUGGGCCGCCUGCUGGCCAUGCCCUCUGGCUGCGGCGAGCAGAACAUGGUUCACUUCGCCCCCAACAUCUACAUCCAGCAGUACCUGGAGAAGAGCAGGCAGCUGCACCCCGACCUCCGUGCCAAGGCCCAGAGCUUCCUGCAGAGCGGGUACCAGCGAGAGCUGCUCUACAAGCACAGAGAUGGCUCCUACAGUGCCUUUGGGGAGAGUGAUGGAGUAGGCAACACCUGGCUCACAGCUUUCGUGCUCAAGUCCUUCGGGCAAGCCCGAGCCUAUGUGGCCAUCGAGGAGCGGCACAUCGAGGAUGCACAGCGCUGGCUGCAGGAGCAGCAGCAGCCGCAGGGCUGCUUCCGCAGCGUGGGGAAGCUCUUCCACAACGCUCUGCAGGGCGGUGUCUCGGACGAGCUGUCGCUGUCAGCCUAUGUCACCGCUGCCAUGCUGGAGCUGGGGCUGGCCCCGACGGACCCGACGGUGAGCUUAGCCCUGCAGUGCCUGGAGGACUCGACCACCGACGACCUCUACACGCAGGCGCUGCUCGCCUACGUGCUGGGGCUGGCAGGGCGCCGGGAGCAGCAGCAAGCCCUGCUGAAGAGCCUGGCCGAGCACAACAUCAGCGCAGAGGGGCAGCUGCACUGGCAGAGGAAGGGGAAGGCUCUGCCCUCCUCGCAGUCCUCCUGGGCUUCUGCCGCCCCGGCGGAGGUGGAGAUCACUGCUUACGUCCUCCUGGCUUACCUCAGCCAGCCCCAGGUGUCCUCUGCCGACCUGGGCACCGCGGCCCAAAUCGUUCGCUGGCUCAGCAGGCAGCGGAACCCCUACGGGGGCUUUGCCUCCACGCAGGACACGGUGGUGGCCCUGCAAGCCCUGGCCAAGUACGCUGCCCUGACCUACGGCGACAACGGCGACUUCGUGGUGACAGUGACGGCCCCGACGGGCACCAGGCAGCACUUCGAGCUGCACAACAGCACUCGGCUGGUGCUGCAGCAGGCGGCUCUGCACCAGCUGCCAGGCACCUACAGGGUGCGAGGCCGCGGGCAGGGCUGUGCCCUGCUGCAGGUGACCCUCAGGUACAACGUGCCACCCCCUCCCAGCCCGGGGACCUUGCACCUCCACGUGGAGACAAAGCCCAAGACGUGCUCUAGGGACGCCCAUGCUCGCUUCCAGCUGCUCCUGCGGGCACGGUACACCGGGGAGCGUCCCAGCACCAACAUGGCUGUGAUCGAGGCCAGGCUGCCGUCUGGCUACAUCCCGGACAAGGAGUCAGUGAUGGAGCUGAAGAAGCAGCAGCUGGUGAAGAAGGUGGAGGUGCAGCCCGACCAGGUGACGAUUUACCUGGACCAGCUGACUAAGGAGGAGCAGACCUUCAGCUUCGUCGCCACGCAGGACUUCCCAGUGAAGAACCUGCAGCCAGCCACAGUGACGCUGUACGACUACUACGAGACAGAUGACCGCACGGAUGCUGCCUACAGUGCUCCCUGCAGAUCAGGGGCAGAUGUCCUGGAGAUGUCCUCAGUACUACCAAAAGGGCAGAGCUCGAACUCGCCAGAAGCAGAAGGGCAGAGCUUGGUGCCAGGACAACCAAAAGGGCAGGGCUCAGGUUUGGGGCAGGGCUUUGGUUUUAGGCAGGGCUCAGGUUUGGGGCAGGGCUCAGGUUUGGGGCAGGGCUCAGGUUUGGGGCAGGGCUCAGGUUUUGGGCAGGGCUCUGGGCCACCUGAAGUGGACAAACUACCAAUACGAUGGUCUUGGCCACCUUCUGGUCUCAUUGUGGUCCUAUGCACACCAGAGCCCAGCGGCUGA